AUGCUGUCUACAGUGCAACUAUGGGUGGCGCUCGAGCUACUCGUCUCCUGGACAGAGGCCUUCCAGGACUCUGCUAUUCACACUCCACACUCCCCAAUCCACGAUCCAUCCGGCAGCAGUUUCACGACCUGUACAUCUGAGCCGAUUGAUCCCAGGCCCACUUGGUCCGUCAUUUCUAGUGAUACCACCAUCGACACCACUACUACGGUCCAGGUGCCCCCGCCGAUGAACACCUCCACCGUAUCAACAACCUCCACAGCAUGCUUCAAUAGUACGGUCACCACGACCAUCAUAGCAUCAAUAGUCUCAACGGACUGGUCUACUACCACAUGUACUACCACCACUACGACCACGGAUACAAUCACGGACACUACCACGGAUACUACUACGGAUACUACUACGGAGACAACCACGGAUACUACUACGGAGACGACCACAGAUACCACUACUGUCACGACUACGGAUACCACUACAGAUACUAUUACUGUGCCGACAACCAUCACAGUAGCUCCAAAUCCCUGUCCGACCACUUGCAGCAUGUCGGCAGGAACCGUCAACUUGUUCUACUGGCCAACGAACCAGCCACACCACGUGUUCCCGUCCACUUAUGUCAAUACGCAUCUCGAUUACACUUUGUGA